AUGGCUAGCUCCACCGACUACAAGUUCAUGGGAUGGCUAGGCCUCGACAAGACUGCUGACAAGGGAAAAAUGGUCUGGCAAGAGUUCGAGCCCAAGACCUGGGAAGAAACAGACGUCGACAUUCAGAUAUCACACAGCGGCAUCUGCGGUUCGGAUCUCCAUGUCCUCCGAAGCGGCUGGGGGCCGACGCCAUAUCCAUGUUGUGUCGGCCACGAGAUCGUUGGUCGAGCUGUACGCGUAGGCACGAAAGUUGAAGGUGGUAUCAAGGUGGGAGACCGAGUUGGUGUCGGCGCUCAAGGUGACUCUUGCUUGGGUCGUGUGCAAGGCCAUUGCGACGAGUGCGCGUCAGGGAAUGAACAUUUCUGCGCCCACCACGUUGGCACAUACGGAAGCUUCCAUCUGAAUGGCGACAAAUCAUACGGGGGUCACGCAUUGUAUAACCGCUCUCCGUCCCACUUUGUCUUCAAGAUCCCAGACGCCAUUCCUUCUGCUUCGGCAGCAGUAAUGCUAUGCGCUGGCAUCACAACAUAUUCGCCGUUGAAGUACUUUGGAUGUGGACCGGAUAAGCACGUCGGUGUCAUUGGCCUGGGUGGUCUGGGCCAUUUUGCCGUUCUCUGGGCAAAAGCACUGGGCGCGAAGUCUGUUGUCGCCAUCUCCCGCAAGGAGAGUAAGAAGCAAGAUGCCCUCAAAAUGGGAGCAGACAGCUACAUUGCAACAGACGAUCAUCCCAAGUGGGACACCGAAUUUGCUGGCUCGUUUGACCUGCUCAUCUCAACCAUCUCUUCGUCAAAGAUGCCCAUUGCCGGCUAUCUUGCUCUCUUGAGACGCGAUGGCACACUAGUUCAGGUUGGCAACCCUGACGAUGGAGUGUUCGAGGUACCAGCGACUGGCAUAAUCAUCGGAAGGAAGAAGCUUGCUGGUUCAAUGAUCGGUGCACCAGGAGAAAUUCGAGAAAUGCUUCAGCUGGCGGCUGAGAAGAAUGUGAAGCCAUGGGUGGAAGAGCGUCCAAUGAAGGAUGCAAAUCAGGCGAUGGUGGAUAUGGAUAAUGGCAAGGCAAGAUACCGAUAUGUGUUGGUAAAUGAGGACCAUCUGUGA